GAAAGAACAGCUUCAACCUGCAGGAAACUCAAACCAAACAUAAAUCAGUUCACACUGAGCAAUGGAUGCUGACGCCAUGGGGACGAUGGAGGUGGCGGCGCUCGGCCGACCUUUCAGCCUCGGGAUGCUGUAUGACUGCCGUAAAGACUCACUCAUCCCUGGCAUGACAUUGUGGGACCUUAAUGAUCUGAAAAAUGAUAUACAUGAAAGACCUCAGUGCUACAACAAUUUUGAAAUAGUUGCAUCUGAAUCAAUUGCAGAUAAAUCUUCAGCAUUAAAUGUUAAAACAUCCCUGAAGGCAAGUUUCUUAGGUGGACUAGUAGAGGUUGGAGGAUCUGCCAAAUACCUGAAUGAUAGUAAAACAUCCAAAAAUCAGUCCAGAGUAACACUGAACUACCAAGCAACCACAAAGAUGCAGCAACUGUCAAUGAAUCAUCUUGGAAGAGGUAAUGUGAAGCAUCCAGAUGUCUUUGAUAAAGGAAUAGCAACACAUGUAGUCACAGGUAUCCUUUAUGGGGCACAAGCCUUCUUUGUCUUUGACCGUGAGGUUUCUGAUGAAGAAAGUCAUCAAGACAUUCAGGGAAACUUGAAGGUGAUGAUCAAGAAAAUCCCCUGCCUCUCAAUAGAGGGGGAAGGUUCCAUCAAAAUGGACGACAAGGACACUGAAAAGGUGGAGAAGUUCUCCUGCAAAUUCCAUGGAGACUUUUUACUACCGAAAACUCCAACAACCUUUCAGGAUGCUGUACAAGUCUACCAAAGCCUGCCACAGCUGCUGGGAACCAAUGGAGAAAAUGCUGUACCAAUGAAGGUCUGGCUGCUGCCACUUGUAAUUUUAGAUUCAUCUGCUGCUAAACUCGUCCGUCAGAUAAGUUUAGGAUUAGUGCAGAAAUGCCAGAGUGUCCUGGAGGACUUCACUGAGCUGGAAAUGAGAUGCAAUGAUGCAAUAAGAACCACCACUGCACAGCAGUUCCCACAGAUUGGUAAAAAACUUAAAACUUUUAAAGAAGUUUUUUCUGAGUUCAAACUGGAAUUCCAACAAAAGUUGGCAAAGAUACUUCCAUCAAUCCGGGAAGGAGUGAAAGAGGAGGCUGUGCUGGCAGAGAUCCUGAAGAAGAGACAUUCUUCUCCUUUCAACAACAUAAGCCUGAACGAGUGGAUGGACUGUAAAGAGAGAGAAAUCUACACUUUACAGUCUUUCACCGACAACAUGGAAAACACCCAGAUUGUCCCAUCUCAAAGUCAUCUGUACAAAGAGACUCUGAGUUCAGAACAGGCUGUGUGUUUUGUUUUCACCUCACUGGGAAGUGCUGAACCGUACCUCUCAGCUUUAUCAAACUACUUAAAACAAAAACCCAAACCAGACGGCCCUCAAGAUCCACGUUGUCAUGACAUAGAGAAGGAACAAUGGUACGCCUCUAAAGAAGUAUCAGAUGUAAUGAGGAUCAAAGCAAAGCUGUUCAGUGAUUUUGCAGAGGCCAACAAAGAGAAUAAGAACAUACAGUUCCUGGCAGUGGGUUUAACAAAUGAGACACAGAAAGGUUCAAUCAUCUACGUUUAUAAAGACGGCUUUACUGUCAGUGAGAACUUUGAGCCGCCUUCAAAGCCUGAAACUGUGACAGCAGGUGAUGUAACCCACAACAGUGUGACACUGAAGAUCUCUCCACCAAGAUUUGGAGCGGAGAACAUCACCUCCUACUGUGUAGAGUACUGUGUCAGUGGAGAAGAUGGAUGGAAACUAACAACAGCAGCAAAAGCUGAAGAAGUCACAAUGAGCAGUCUGACUCCUAACACAGAGUAUAUGUUCAGAUGCAGAGCAGUGACCUCAGUAGGUGUUGGACCAGCUGGUGAAGUCAGUGGUUCCAUUAAAACUUUACCUUGCAGCCCUCCUGGAAAACCUCACGUUGAAACAAACUCAAGUGAGAUAUCAGUUAGCUGGGAGAAACCUGCAGAGAUUGGACAAGAUGUCCACAUUUUGAGUUACAUUGUGGAGUACGCCAGAACAGACAAAGAGGUGAAAGAAGAAGAUCUCCAGUGGAACCAAACGGUGUCAAGAGCUGAAAAGGGGAUAAUUUCAGGUCUUCAGUCAGAGACAGAAUAUGCUGUCAGGGUCAGGUGUGACUGUGGAGAAGCUGGUAGAAGCAAAGGAAGCAUCACUGUGAAUGUCUGCACAACAAAAUACACGCGCCUUGCAGAAAUACUCAAACGUGAAAGUGAAACCAUAAAUUAUGGAUCCCCCUCGCUUUACAAACUGCCUCUGAAAGAAGAAGACAUGGACAUAGAUGGUUGCCAGAGGUAUAACUUUGGCAAAGAAAACAUGAGGCAAAAUCGUACUAUAAUGCUUUUUGGAGCAACCGGAUCAGGAAAGUCCACUCUCAUCAAUGGAAUGAUCAACUACAUUGCUGGUGUAGAGUGGAAGGAUGAUUUCAGAUUUAAAUUAGUUGAUGAGGAUCCGUUGAAAUCACAAGCUGAAAGCCAGACCUCUGAAGUCACUGUGUACAAAAUCAACCACCAAGACGGGUUUAAAAUCCCCUUCUCUGUGACUAUUGUGGACACUCCAGGCUUUAGGGAUACAAGUGACAAUGAAAGAGACAAAGAGAUCACCAACCAGCUACAUAAUCUCCUCUCUGCUGAGUUUGUCAGUGAAAUUGAUGCUGUCUGUUUUGUAGUUCCUGCCGCCUCAGAACAACUCACAGCAUCACAGAAGUAUAUGUUUGAUUUUGUGCUUUCCAUCUUUGGCAAAGAUGUGGCAGAAAACAUCAGAGUUCUGGUGACAUUUGCAGACGGUCAGCCUCCACCAGUUCUAGAGGCAAUCAGUGAAUCAGGUGUCCCAUGUCCUAAAACUAAAGACGGGCUGCCAGUUCACUUCAAAUUCAAUAACUCUGCGUUAUUUACAGACAAAAAAACAUCUGCAGCAAACAGCUCAGAUGAUGAAGAUGAUGAAGAUGGAAGAUUUGAUCAGAUGUUUUGGAAUAUGGGGACAAAAAGUAUGAAAAGGUUUUGUCUUGUUUUGAAUGAGAUAGAAACCAAAAGCUUGACAAUGACGAAGGAAGUCCUCAGAGAAAGAAAGCAGCUCGAGCUUUCAGUUGAAAAUUUACAGCAGCAGGUUAAAGUUGGGUUAGCCAAGCUUGAGGAGAUAAAAGAGACGUCUGAAAAACUGAAAGAGCAUGAGGCAGAGAUCAGCAGAAAUAAGGAUUUUGAGUUUGAAGUCACCGUCACAAAGCCUGUUCAAGUAGGUAUUUCUGGAAAGUACGCCAUCAAUUGUCAGCAGUGUCAACGUACCUGCUGGGGUUCUUCACAAUAUCCAGAGGAUGGUUUAGCUUCAUUUUUUGAAGUGAUUGGUGAUUUUUUUUUCACAAUGCCACAACCAUGUACUACCUGCCCAAGCCAAUGUAAGACGGAUACACAUGUUAAACAGAAGUACAGAUGGGAGUAUAAGGAGGUUAAAGAAAAGCAAACAGUGGAAGAGCUGAAAGAAAAAUACCUAAAAGCCACAAAGGCUAAGACAUUUGCUCAGGCUUUGAUUGAAAAACUGAAGGCUGAAUAUGAUCUUGUGCAGGUAGAAGUGGAGAAGUUGAUGGAGGAGUCUGCAAAGUGUUUGAACAGACUCAAAGAGAUAGCACUGAAGCCAAAUCCUCUCUCCACUCCAGAGUACAUUGCCAUGCUUAUUGAGGGAGAGAAAUCUGAGGGCAAACCAGGAUGGAAUAAACGAGUUCAGGACCUGAUGGACAUGAGAGAAAAAGAGUUAAAGGCUAAAGUAGAGAGAGGAGAGAAACUCCUCAGAUAAAUAAGGGCUCAUGUUAGCUGCCCUCUAGUGGAUCAUCAGAGCAAUGCAGGAAGCAGAGGUCCCUUAUUACCAAAUUCAUGGCUGCCUGCUGUGUCACAUGACUUACCAAACUGCAUAUUACUAAUAUUUUUUACUUAUAUUCUUAGAUGAGAAUUUGCUGGAUUGAAGCAGCAUAAAAACAUUGUGUAAUUGUUUUUAUAUCAAAUAUGAUACAGUUUGUAUUUCUGGUAAUUUCACUCUUUUAGUAUCAUAUUAAACCAAUUAAAGAUUAAAAUGUCAUCUCCUUACUCCUAAAUCAUCAUCAUUAUUGUGCAUUUAAUAAUAUGUUUUCCUUUUUAUAGAUUUAAUAUCUAAUUUAAUCAAGUAAACAUUAAAAUGUCUAAUGAUUUAAAUAGUUCUUAAUCGGACAGUAUCACAUAUAUAUUGUGCAUGAAGUUAUAUAAGCAGCUAUAUAUGAUAUGUACUCAUGAAUGAUGUUUUUAUAGAUUGACUCUCAGUUUUAUUCCUGUUUGAUUGUAUUGAUUGUUGAAGAUUGUUUAAGGACAAAGAGUUGUGAUACAUUUUCUCCAGUUGUUCUUUUCCUCUUAUAUUGAUUGCAGCUCUAUUAUGUAUGAAGUGUUUUAUCUGUUUGUCUCGUUUUAGUCGUGUCAGGACUGCAGGUGCAAAUUAACUAUUGAGCACAUUUACAUUGACUUUACAUUGUUAAAGUGUCAAUGUUUACACUGACUCUGUGUUUUUAUGGCUGCACCAUUAUAUUAAAUAGAGAAAGUUUAGAUGUCUUGUUCAUUAUUUUAAACUUAUUUCCUGAUAUUUAACCUGACAGAUUGGAAACAGCACAACAAAAGAGAUUGAAGUGUUUAUAUUAUUAUAUUUUUAAAUGAGACUUUUAUAUUUUUUUUCUCCAGAAUAUUUCAUUAGCUUUGUUUUCUUUGUGGUUAAUGUGCUUAAUUACAAUUUGUCACCAUGUAACAUAUGGCUGUCUUCAUGUAUGAAGCUUGAAUGUUUUGUGAAACAAUAAAUGUGAUGCAUGAAGAA